UCUACUCCAUUUAUUGUUUCUGUAUAUAUACAAUGUUUUAAGAUUACACAGUCCUUUACUGUAGAAGUUCAUGUUUUUAAUUUCUUUCUUUGUUCUGUCACGGAUAUUUGACCAAGAAAUUGAUGAUUUGGUGAAUUCAGAUGUUUUUAAAUCUGAAUUUCUGCCUGAAUGAACGCGCACACAAAAGGGUUUAGCAGUUUAUAAUAUUGUUAGAUAUCGCCUAGCGCGAAGUAUUCCUUCGAGAAAGUCUUUUAUACCUGAAUUAUGGCUGGCUGGCAGCAACAUUUGCAGUCAUUAGUGCGUCAGGUUGCUAAGAGAUAUGAAUGCAGUCGCAGUGCUCCAUUCAGUACUUUUAGUCAUGCAAAGGCAUUUUUGGUGUCUGGUAAUUUGGUAUAUGAGUUGAAUGACAGCUGGUGAUUCGCUCCACUGUUAAAUCAAAUAAUCAGGGCACCUAUGUUUAUUUGGACAUGAAAGCUGCUGCCAAAUCACUUGUUCCAGCACCAACUUUCUUGCACUUUACAGUAGCUGUUCGAGCCAUUUGUCGCUUCAUGCACGCUCAUAUUUCCACGAACACGCCACCAGAUGUACGAGCUCAUAUUUCCACCAACACGCCACCAGAUGUACGAACUGCCAACUAUCUCAUCAUUAUGCAUGCUAAGCGCGGUCACUUACAUCUUGCCCACCAAUGGUUUGCUCAAAUGCCUCACAAAAAUAUUUUUUCUUGGACAAUUCUCAUUUCAGCCUAUUCUCAACAUCGAAAGUUGGACCGAUGCUUUGGCUUGUUUUCCCAAAUGCUCUCCCAUCAUAGACCUAAUGAUUUUGCUUAUUCAAGCCUGCUGUCCGUGUGCGAUUACUGGCACGGCGUGCAAGUUCAUGGGCUUGCUUUGAGAACCAGUUUUGAUGCUUGGAUUUACGUAGCUAAUGCUCUGAUGGCAAUGUACUGGAAUAAUAGUUGCAACGCGGGUGUGGAGGCUUGGAGGGUGUUCGAGGCAAUGGACUUCCGCAAUCUUGUUACUUAUAAUUCCAUGAUUACAGGGCUCAGUAUGCACAAACAAGGCGAUAAAGCCAUGGAUUUGUUUAUAGGGAUGCACCAUAAUGGCAUUGAGUUUGAUCAUACUACUCUCUUAACUUUAGUUUCUUCACUAUGUGGAUCCAAUGAAGGCAGCAACAACGUUGCGGGGCUUAUAUGUUGUUUACAAUUGCAUUCUUUUGGCAUUAAAACGGGUUUGGCACUAGAUAUUGGGGUGGUGACUGCCCUAAUCAGAAGUUAUUCUAUUCUUGGAGGAGAGGUUGACGCUUGUCAUAAGUUGUUCUUGGAGACAAGUGGCAUGGAGCGUGACAUUGUGCUGUGGACUGAAAUUAUGAUGGCAUCUGCCGAAAGGGAACCUGAACAAACUCUGGUUCUUUUCAAACGGAUGCUUGGAGAGGAUCUAUUUCCGGAUUGUUACAUAUUUUCAGUAGUACUGAAAGCUUGUUCAAACCUGGUGGCGGAGAGGAAUGCCUCUGCUCUACACUGUCAAGUGAUUAAAGCAGGUUUUCUUAAUGUCCUAGAGCUUGGGAAUGCUUUAAUUCAUGCUUAUGCUAGAUCUGGUUCGAUAGAUAAUGCAGAGCAAGUUUUCUUUGAAAUGUCACUCAGGGAUAUUGUCUCUUGGAAUUCAGUGCUGAAGGCUUAUGCAGUGCAUGGGAAGGCUGAAGCAGCAUUGGAUUUCUUUAAACAGAUGGAUGUUGCGCCAGACGGAACAACUUUUGUUGCUCUGCUCUCAUCUUGCAGCCAUGCUGGAAUGGUGAAAGAAGGAACUAAGAUAUUUGAUACCAUGUACGAAAAAUAUGGCAUAACUCCUCAACUUGAUCAUUACGCUUGUAUGGUUGAUAUUCUAGGGCGGGCUGGACAUCUUUCAGAGGCUGAAAACAUCAUCAAGAAAAUGCCCAUGCAACCAGAUCAUGUUAUUUGGAGUGCUUUGCUAGCAGCAUGUCGGAAACACGGAGAAAAAAAGCUGGCCAACUUAGCAUCAUCAAAGUUAAAGGAAUUGGAUCCAGAAAAUUCACUGGGAUAUGUUUUGAUCUCAAAUAUAUAUUGCUCUGCUAACAGCUUCGAUGAAGCAGAUUCUGUAAGAAUGAAAAUGAAUAGAGAGGGAGUUAGAAAGGAACCUGGCUUGAGCUGGAUCGAAAUUAGGCAUAGAAUGCAUGAGUUUGCUUCCGGGGGCACACAACAUCCGCAGAUAAAAGCAAUACGUGCCAAUAUGGAGAAACUCUUGAGACAGUUGAAGAAAAUGGGGUAUGUUCCUGAGACAAGUUCAGUGUUAUUUGAUGUAGAAGAAGAGCAUAAAGAGGAGCAAGUGUAUCACCACAGUGAGAAGCUGGCCUUGGUUUUCUAUUUGAUGAAUGCUGCCGAUUCUAAUUCCCGUGGGAAUGUUAUUAAGAUAAUCAAGAACAUACGCAUUUGCUCAGACUGUCACAACUUUAUGAGAUUAGCUUCCAAACUCAUUGAGAAGGUAAUCAUUGUCAGAGACGCUAACAGAUUUCAUCAUUUUAAGGACGGAGCUUGCUCUUGCAAUGACUAUUGGUGACUGUAUUUUUCGGUAGUCCCACUGCAACGAAGUAUGAAGGUCCAUAGGACCGCAUGCCGCAGGGGUUGGAUUAAUUUAGAUAAUUUUUUUGCUCAAUUCAUUAUCUUCAGUUUUUUAAAAUCUUAGUUCAAACCUAGCCCAAUAAUUAUAAAACCCGCACUUUGCCGUGUAAUUGAGUUGGGUGUGUUGAUGUUAAAACUAUCUAUUGAA